AUGGCCAUACUAGCCCACCGAGGCAAGCCGGCGGACAGCCUGCAUGUGGAAGGGGGCUGGCACGUUGCUGGGGCACACGGACAUCAAGGCGGCCUGGAGGCCCCCAGCCGUGGCUGCCCAGGAAGCCGAGAGUUUCUAAGUGAAGAUGAAUACUUGGAGAUCACAGGGAUCACCAGGUACCAAUCUGGGGACUAUGAAUGCAGCGCUGCUAAUGAGGUCACAAUACCAGAUAUCCGGAGGGUAAAGGUUACCGUAAACUACCCUCCAUCCAUCUCCAACGCCAAGAACACAGGAGCCUCGGUCGGCCAGAAGGGGAUCCUGCGCUGUGAAGCCUCUGCUGUCCCCGUAGCAGAGUUCCAGUGGUUCAAAGAAGAAACCAGAUUAGCCAACGGACUGGAUGGCGUGAGGAUCGAGAACAAAGGUCGGAUGUCCACGCUAACCUUCUUCAACGUUUCAGAGAAGGAUUACGGCAACUACACCUGUGUGGCCAUCAAUAAACUGGGGAACACCAAUGCCAGUAUAAUACUGUAUGAACUAAGUGAACCUCCAGCAUUGGCAGGCCCUGGAGCAGUACACGACGGGAACAACUCUGCAUCCAGAGAGAUGGCUUCCCUCUGGCUAUCAGGCGCCCUGCUUGCUCAUUUCCUUCUCAAGUUUUGAUAAGAAAAGUGAGGGUCCUUGCAUUCGAUGCCUGGCUUC